AUGCUGCUUAUCCUGUCAACAGUAAAGAUUGUUUUGCAGGAAGGAAAAACAACUUGUCUGGGAGAUAUAAUUGAGCAGUGUCUCUGUUUUUAUUCCAGUGGCCAUGAGAAUGACCUGGUCUUUGAGGCUGAUGGUCCGCAACAAACUAAGUGCUACUUUCAAGACCUGGACCUCAGCUCCCUGGAAAGCGGGGGCAUCCAACUGAAAAUCUCGCACCAGCUCAGCAGCUCGAGUUUCAGGCGGGCCGUGUCUGUGGUCAUCGCCCUGGAGAAGCUGAGGAAGUUUCCCGUUGUCUGCUCGCAGGACUUUCAGGACGACGACCUGAGGAGCCUCUUUUUUCUCAUCUUUGUGGAAGAACCCAUCACCUACUUGUACGGUGACAGUUACGAGUGUGAUGCACUCCUGCAAACGCUGAACUGCACGCUCCGGGACGUACACCAGAAAUCCCUGGUGCUGUCUGGACCGCAUGAGCUGCAAGCUCUGCACCUGAAUACACAUGAUACGAGCCAACAAGUGGUGUUCUGCAUGAGCUUCGUGCCAGGAGACGAGAAUAUCGACAAGAUACCUGUGGCCUUGGGCAUCAAGGAAAAGAACCUGUACCUGUCUUGUGUGAUGAAAGACAAGAAGCCCAUUCUGCAGCUGGAGACAUUAGACCCCAACUCUCAGUCAAAGAAGAAGAUAGACAAGAGAUUUGUCUUCAACAAGACAGAAAUCAAGGACAAGGUCGAAUUUGAGUCUGCCCUGUACCCCAACUGGUACAUCAGCACCUCGCAAGAGGAAAAGAUGCCCGUCUUCCUGGGAAAUAGCAGAGGUGGCCAGGAUAUAACUGACUUCACCAUGGAAAUCCUGCCUCGCUGA